GAGCCAGCACCGCCCGGGCGGCGGGCUGCAGCGGGGCGGGCCCGGCGGGCGGCGCGGGGCGGGCGGAGCGGGGCACCGCCCCCGGACCAGCGGCGGCCGCGUUUAUAUGUGGAGCGGCCCUGGGCGCCGCCGAGUUCCCGCAGUUCGCCAGCUGCUGUGCAGCCGCCGUCGCCGCCUCGGCCCGGCACCCGCCGUCCCGCCGGGAAGGAGUCGGGACCGUUUCGGAUCUCAAGCAGACGGCCCUCUCCUAUCUAGUCGUGGCUUUUCCAAACCCUCCGAGGAGAGCGGGAUCUUUCGGUCCUUCCUGUAUAUCCGACCAUUACAGGAUCUAGAAAUGUCGACGACACUUUUAUCUGCCUUCUACGACAUUGACUUCCUGUGCAAGACGGAGAAGUCCCUGACCAACCUCAGCAGCAUGCUGGACAAGAAAGCCGUGGGGACCCCGGUGACCCCUCCCAGCUCCAGCUUCGCGCCAGGCUUCCUGCGGCGGCACUCGACCAGCAACCUGACGGCGCUGGCCGGCGGCUCCAAGUUCCCCAGCCCCACCGGUUCCAGCUCUUCUUCCACAUCCUCCUCCUCGUCGUCGUCCUCCUCCUCCUCCUCGUUUGGCAACCUGAAGGAGACGGGCUCCGGCGGAGGCGGUGGCAGCAGCAGCCCCACGGCCCUGCUCAACAAGGAGAACAAGUUCCGGGACCGCUCCUUCAGCGAGAACGGCGAGCGCAGCCAGCACCUCAUGCAGCAGCUCCAGCAGCAGCAGCAGGCGGCCGGCAAGGGGAGCGGCUCCGGCGGCGGCGGCGGCGGGGCCCCCAUCAACUCGACGCGCUACAAGACGGAGCUGUGCCGCCCCUUCGAGGAGAGCGGCGCCUGCAAGUACGGCGAGAAGUGCCAGUUCGCCCACGGCUUCCACGAGCUGCGCAGCCUCACCCGCCACCCCAAGUACAAGACCGAGCUCUGCCGCACCUUCCACACCAUCGGCUUCUGCCCCUACGGCCCGCGCUGCCACUUCAUCCACAACGCCGACGAGCGCCGCCCGGCGCCCGGCGGGGGCACGGCCGCCCCCCCGCCCGCCGCCGCGGCCGGGCCGCACCACCACCCGCACCACGCGGCGCCGCACCCCGCCGGCAGCACCGGCGACCUGCGCGCCUUCGCCCCCCGCGAGCACCCGCUGGGCGGCGGCGGCUUCGGGCACCCGCGCGGCGGCGGCGGCGAGCGGCCCAAGCUGCACCACAGCCUGAGCUUCUCCGGCUUCUCCGCCCACCACCACCACCAUCACCCCCCGCACCCGCACGGCACCGCCCCGCCGCCGCCGCCGCCCGGUGGCCGCCUGGACGCCGCCCUGCUGGAGAGCCCCGGCGGGUCGCGCACGCCGCCGCCGCCCGCCUCCGCCUACUGCGAGGAGCUGCUCUCGCCGCCCUGCGCCAACAACGCGUUCGCCUUCUCGGGCCAGGAGCUGGGCAGCCUCAUCGCGCCCCUCGCCCUGCACACCCAGAACUUCGCCGCCGCCGCCGCCGCGGCCGCGGCCGCCGCCGCCUAUUACCGCUGCCAGCAGCAGCCGCCGCCGCCCGGCGGGGCCUGCCCGCCGCCCCCCGCCUCGCCGCCCUUCAGCUUCCAGCCCCUCCGCCGCCUCUCCGAGUCGCCCGUCUUCGACGCGCCGCCCAGCCCGCCGGACUCGCUCUCCGACCGGGAGAGUUACCUGAGCGGCUCGCUGAGCUCCGGCUCCCUCAGCGGCUCCGAGUCGCCCAGCCUGGACUCGGGCCGCCGCCUGCCCAUCUUCAGCCGCCUCUCCAUCUCCGACGACUGAGGCAGCGCGGGGCAGCGGCCGGGGGGCCCCGCGGGAGCCCCGCAAGUAAGUUACCGAGCGAAGAAAGCGAAACCUCUCCUUCCUCUCUAUUUUUGGUUGGGUAUUUUUUUUAUAUAUAUCUAUCUGUCUAUCCACCGAGAGCUGAACAAAACGAGAAACAAAAGCAUUUUGCAAAAGGGCAAAUGACACGAACUGAACAAACCUAUUUUUAUAGAGAGACCUUGGAAGAAGGGGAUUUUUGUUUCGGGGUUUUUUUGUUGUUGUCGUUCUUUGGAGACAAGUUAUGAUACGCACCAGCAGCAGCCAUUCCAUCUGUGUUCGAAAAAAAAAAAAAAUAAACAGCAUUAGAAAAGACAGCACCAGAAAGCAACAAACAAUCCGGGGAGCGCCGGUUCGCCAGCCCAGCUCCUCCAAUCCUGCAGACACACAGAAAAAAAAGUUACAAACUAGUUUGUCUUUCAAUCCAGUUCAAAUAAAAACACAGAACAUACUAAACCUAUAAGCUUUUUUUUUAGGAAAAAAAAAAAAAAAAAAGAAAAAUCCAACAUCCUGCCAAGAAUAUGCCUUGAUAACAACCUUCUUUUUUAUAUAUAUCUAUAUAUUAUUAUUAUAACAAAUGCUAAAACCUUCAUUCCAAAGUUUAAUAUUGGUUCCAUUGCCACCACUUAGUGGAUGUUUGGCUUUUAGAACAAUUUUUUGUUGUUGCUUUAUUUCGAAGCACUCAACUGAGUUUAGUUCGUAAUUGUUGGAGAAUAACUGCUGAUUUUUUUAAAAUUUUUUUUUUUUUUUUUAGCUGUUUGAGUUGAUUGCAUGUAUGAGUCACUGCACACAACUCAAUAUGAAACUAUUUAACUUAUUUAUUAUCUUGUGAAAAGUAUACAUUGGUAAUUUGUUCAUACUGUAUUUAUCGGGUAUGAUGAAAAGCAAUAGAUAUAUAUUCUUUUAUUAUGUUUAAAUUAUGAUUUUCAUUAUUAAUCGGCAAAAUGUGGAGUGUGUUCUUUUCACAGUAAUAUAUGCCUUUUUGUAACUUCACUUGGUUAUUUUAUUGUAAAUGAGUAAAAUUCUUAAUUUAAGAGAUGGUAUGUAAUAUUUAUUUCAUUAAUUUCUUUCUUUGUUUACGUAAAUCUGAAAGAUUGCAUGGUUUCUUUAUAGAAAUCGGUCUCGAUGCUGUGGAAGUAGUUUGCGGAAUUUCUAUGGGUUUUUUUUAGAAUGUAAAUGGUUGUAGCCCGUCCGAGCUGAAAAACGAGAGAAAAAAAAAAAAGAGAAAAAAAAGA